AGACACAAAAGAAACUUCGCUUUCCUUAGAGCUGUUCGGGACAAACCGCUUGAGAUGAGUUUACUUACCUCAGUUUUACACUAUUUGAUUAUCACAACUGUUUUCCAGACCUACACCCAUGCCAAAACGACAACAAGUCUGCAUAACAUCCAGAUUAAAGGUGAGAAUUAAUGUUUACCUUGAUUAAAAUAUUGAGAAAGUUAUGAGACGAUACAAAUAAAUCUCUCACUGCGGGGAUCAGAUCGGCUGAACAUUAUGGCUUGCAAUAUGGGCUUUGUCUGUUUAGGAGCUCAAAUUAUAAAGGACAUCAUCAUUGAUUAGUCAGGCAGCUCAGAAUGACUCAGAUCCGAAUUUGAACUAAAUAAACGGCAGUUAGGGGAUUUGUAAAUGGAUAUUAAUCUCGUCCUUACUUUUCCCUAACCAUUCUUUAUUCCAAUUUUAAAAAGAGGCAGCGCAUGUGCUACGAAGAAAAAUCUAGAAUUAGCUGAAACAAAUUUGAUUUACUUAACAUUCUGGCCGCGGUUAUAUUCACAUUCUAGCCGCGGUUAUAUUCACAUUCUAGCCGCGGAUGACUUUGAACUAUCUAUUAUCGUCCAUCUUUAAUUAAUGAUAACAGCCAUUAUCAUUCUACUAGUAGGUCAUUUCAUCAAAUAAGGUCAUGAGAACGCGCAAAAUUUGCCACAGUAUGAAAUUGUAGAGCACAUCAGAGUUCUUUGUAAGUCAUAAAGAAACACUUCAACGGUUUCGCUGGUGUUGUUUCCGCAACGAAAAUUGCUUUCUGUUAGUUUUAUCCUGGUUAGUGAAAUUUUGUACAAUUUUCAGCCUUCAUUUACAAAUAAAGUCCACAUGGUCGAUUAAUAAUUGAUAGUUUUUAACUAACAGAAAGGUCAAUUAACCCCUCAGAAACUAUGACUAGCACUCCAAGAUAAUGAAAACACCAAAAACCGAAAAUAGCGUGUGAUUCAAGUAUGAUUCAAUUUCAUAUUGACAUUUAUUUUAUCACAUGUUUUCCUUAGCGAGUCGCACGUUUUAUUCUUCAAACAAAUUCAAAAAGCAAAACUUAUCGUUGGUUUGUGUUUGACAUUUCUUAAUCUGUAAGAGUAAACCUAAGGACACCUUGCAACGUCGAGUUGGCGGUUUCAGAAUCACAAAAUGCACGUGUUUUUACGAAAAUGACCUAAUAACAAUAGGCCGAUCUGGUUUUUUUUAAACCAUUUGAGUGUACCUGUCUUCAGAUGAGGUCGUUUAAGGUUGCUCGUUUUCUUUGUGGGAUGUUGGCAAUCGAAUGUCUUCCUCGACAUUUAUUCGCAACGGAGUAACAUAUGGCCUUUUUAUUAAUUUCGAGGACACAACCUGUACCGAUAUUCCAGGUAGAUAAUUGCCUUCUGUUAGUUUUAUCCUGGUUAGUGAAAUUUUGCACAAUUUUCAAAUAAUUUAUCUGCCCAAAAAAUGCAUUUACAAACAGUUUAGGUGACGACAGUACUAGUCAAAGGAAUUCAUAACGCUUAAAGUUUGGAAAAUACACUGUCAGUUAAUAAAAAAAGAAAAUAUUUGCUCGCGAAUAGGAUUUUUAUGCUUUUUUUUCCCCGAUUAUUAAUGUUCUAUUAUUGUGAUAAUUGCUGAUAUAUGUUAGUCACGUGUAGAGAGCGUUACAUGACAAUGCAAGAUGCGUGACAGGCCUGGUUAAGGGGUGCAAGUAUUGCAAUUGACCCCCCACCUUUUCAUUGGUCGUACGGGGCUCGGAAAAAAACUACACAACUCGCAAAAUAUCCGCCCGUAUCAUUUGUUAAACUAUUGAUUACGUGUAUAUAUUAUCAGUGCCGUAUUUUAGAGAUCCUCAAUACUCCUGUUCGAUUAACCUCAUUCCGAUAGCUUAUUAUCUGUUUUUUUAUGUAAUUAGAUUUUUUAGUUUGUUAAAUAAAUUGUCUAAACAAUGUUGAUAUCUCUCAAAAAGAUGGCUGGGAUUGGAGCAAGGAAGCGGCUGGAGACAUUCAUAACGAGCAUCAGCUUAUAAGACGUCGAAGGUCUAAGGUUUCUGGAAAGAUCGAAACUUGCUAUAAAACCUUUUUUGCCAGCAGCCUACCUCCGUCAGGAUUUCGCAAAGACCACACAAACAUCAUAUACAUAUGUCAGCAAGUUCCUGGAAAACUUGCUUACUUUUAUUCAACCAUGUUUGAUCUCCAGUAUGGAAUCCCGAUCUACUCAGCGUACGUCGUGAAGCAAGCACAGGCGAGCCAGUUCGGUAAAGCAAAAAGCACUAACGACAAAUGGCGGCAGGAAAAAUCAGGUGAGCAUAGUAAUGGAUUCUCUGAGGUGAUGUUCUCUUGAAUUAAUAAGCUAAAUUCCUUACCAUUCAUUCAAGUAUUUUAUUGGAAAGGUAAAAAGAGAGAACUAGAGAAAACUCAGAAAUGGGCUUAUCAAUCCUCGUGCGCUUGUAGGAGCAAUGUCUUUUUUUCCGGAGAUAAGGCGAAACUUCAGGGUCAUUAGGGUCAUUAGUUACGGUAUAAUCUAGCCGACAGAAAAACACUACAAUCCCACAAACUCAACUACUCUAUUAAACAGCGAGUGAUGUUCUAAGGAGCAACUCCUAAAAGUAGUACAAUACUUAUCGUUAAUAGACUUAAUUAAGCCCAACAGAGUCUAUAUCCUAGCUCACCACUGACACAAUCUCACCGCUGUCUUCAAAGUUCCUUGAAAUGAGCAAUCUUCAGCAGUAACUCUCUCUAGGUAAAGCUCUCAAAACAGUCAUCGCUCCGACGACAACAACUGCUCCUACUUCUACAUAAGUACCACUUAUGUGAGUCUUUAUAUAUAUUCACAAAGUGUUCUGGAGCAUUCCAGAAGCUUACAUAAGAACUAUUUUAGUAGUAUUACGUAAUAAAUGCGUGACAUGAUGAAAUGUUCUGGAACGUUUGACGGUAUGCAAGCCAGAAUGACUCAGCAGUCUGGAGAUUUAUAGAGGCAACAACAAUUAUCCAUAAUACCCGCCCUCUUUCUUGCAAAUUUAUACUCCUAAGAGACAGUCAGCAAUAACAUCGUCCUUUCCUUCUAUGUGUCCGAUGUCCAAAACACACUCUUGUCAGGGGGCAUAGCAAGUCAUUUUUGGCUUGUAGGCCUGUUUCAUACCUCACAAGUUGGUUGGGAGAAGAUACUGGGCUAGGAAGCGAUCCUCCUGUGAUAAGAGCCUGUCGUUCAUUUCUUGAAUGAGGUGCUCAAUAAGAGGGAGGUAUACAGCUCUUUGCCAAUAGGACUCUGGUUUUGUGGCUGGGACAUUCACCUUAACAUAUUGCGUAUCAAGGGCCCCCUACAAGCAUGACCAAUGGCAAGAUUAAGGGAGUGUGCCUUACAAUGGCAGUACACUGCCUCUGAUACCUGUUGCCGUAUGACGGCCUGUACUCCCCUUGUGUACUCCUGACAUAUUUGCAGCACCGUCAUAUCCUUGUGCUCGCAUUUUAUGGAUGUCAAUUCCAAACUCAUUAAGGGUGUUCAUGAACUUUUCAGCUAGUGCUACUCUUCUCGUGCUUUCUGCCUCUACGAGCCAUAGAAAGUUCUCUCUCACCUCUACCUUGUUUUCUCCUUCCUUUCUGUGCACGAAACGUACACAUAUUGAGAUCUGCUCCUUCAUUCCAGAAUGUGUAGCUUCAUCUGCCAAGAAAGCAAAAAAGGAGGCACUGUUGCAGUUCUGUAACAAUAACUUACAGAGGUAAUCGCCACAUAGUUCAAUGGGCUCAUUCUGGAUAUCCGGCGAAGUGUAUUUUGGAAUUGCUCUGCUUUCAUCGCUAUUCAAGUGACAUGCAAGGAAAGGAUCAGUCUUAGCUCUAAACUGAAGGAGGGUAAGAAAAUUGUUGUUUUCUUCCCUGUGUCCUCUUAGCGCAAAAUUUUGUUUGCCGCACAGCAUUACUACAUCAAUGAUUUCUUUCAACAUUUUUACUAAUUUGUGAGGAGAGAUGACUGGAAAUAUCUUUUUGGUUUCCGCUUGAAAUGUGUACAAAAUUAUCACCCUUAAUAACAUCGUCAUGGUGGGGAGACGACUCGCAGGUGUAUAACUUCACCAGCCUCCCAAUGUUAGACCAAUCUAACACACCCUUUGUAGAAAAAAAUGAUCCUUCCUGUUGAGACACUUUCUCCUGCUUACCAAAAACACGCAAUAAACGCACCUAACCGAGUCAUUAGAGAUGGAAUACUGCAUCCAUUCAUUGUUUAAAAGCCACUGGGGAUUCAGCUUUAUUUGUUUAUUGCGAAUAAAUCUCGCUGGAAACUGGAACUUUUGACAAUCUGGCCAUGCCUCUUGACGCAACUUAAUUCUUUUGUUCUCAUUCUUCAAUUCAUCAUCACCUAACACUCCAAGGUCUAGAUAUGAUGGCAAGUGAACGAGACGAAGCGAGUGCUGUGUUUGCUUCCUCGCUCUCAACUUGGCCUACGUGAGAAAUUGUCGCGGUUUGCCAAGCGUCCGCCAAAUCGCCCUGGAUAUCGAAUUUCUCGCUCCAACAGGACGGAAAAAAUAUGUAAUGUUGCGGUUGCUGGACGCCAUAUUUUCUCAUAUUUUUCUUUUGCAAUGGCCUAUGGAUACGAUGAAUUGCCGCUGCCUGGUCAAACACACGAGCUCAAUCCAAACAUUUUUUCUGACGUGAUUUUCUGCAAUCAUUUUGAAGCGGCCAAUCAGAAACCAAUCAAUUUUUCGCUAUCAUUAUUACUUUUGGGCAUUUUAAUAAUAUUUCUGCAAAUAUAAAAUUGAUACGUUAAGGACCUAGAAACGUUCACCCGAUAAAAAUACUGCGAAAGCACUGCUUCGCAUAUUAUAUAAAACACUGAAAACUUUCAACAAAACCCACAACCACUGAUGCAAGCGUUACAUUCAAAUGCAAACUAAAUAUAGAAGUAGACGUAGGAAAGAAACCCAAAAAGAAGGUUGGAGACACGAGUACUUAAAUGGUCUCCAUGAGUGGGUUUUUUUUUUAUUGCAACCUUAUGUCCUUGUACGUUUUCUUAACAGUUAACCAAAAAACUAGUUCUAUGAAAUUAAAAUGUAUAUAUUCUAAGAAAAAAUAAAUAUUCCGAGAAAAAUUUGUUAGUCCGGGCAUACUGGCUUAAAGGGAGCUACGCACCUGCAAUGUAACAUUAAACUCCACCUCAACAAUCGUUGAUUUUUGGCCUUCAACUUAUGAACAAAGACAAGGAGCUUAUGAUGACUGUGAAUAACAACAAGCAAACUUAAAGAAUUAACAUAAUAUACUUAUUAACGAUAAGUAUUGUACUGCUUUAAGUAUUCGCUCUAUGUUAAGAACAUUAAUCGUUGUUCAAUAAAGUAUUUGAGUUUGUAGAAUUGUAGAGUUUUUCUGUCGGUAAGAUUAUAUCGUAACACCGCUAAUCGCGCAGCGUCCUCUUACGUCUCCGCUUUUUGUUCAUCGAUGAACGUUCGGACAUCACCGCAAAUGCACCUCUUAAAUUCCUCUAUUAAAAUUAGCUGUCUUAAACUAUCGUAACUCUUGUCUACCCUCUGUGAAUGGCACUAACGAUCGUAUAACUGUUCCCUACUUCUAGCAAAUUCUACAUAAGUCUGACUACUGACUUUCUCACAGUUUCGAACCUUUUGACGAUAAGCCUCAGGAACUAGUUCAUAACCCUUGAGAAUAAGAUCCUUAACAGUGUCAUAACUUGCAGCUUGCUUUACACUUAAGUGUGUAUUAUCUGCUUCCUGAAAUGGAGGUACUAACUCAAUAUACUUAGCGACAUCAAAUUUCUCACUUGACUUUUAACUGCUACCGUCUAACCCUAAUUUCAUAUGCACCUCUAUCUUUUUCUUUUCUGGUUCUUGCUGCAAUGCCAGUCUCUCUCUCUCUCUCUCUCUCGAGCUCCAGCCUUUCUUGUCUUUCCUUUUGUCCCAUCCUUUCUUGUCUUUCCUUUUCUUCCAUCCUUCAUAUCUUUCCUUUUCUUCCAUCCUUUCUUAUAUUUCCUUUCCUUCCAUCCUUUCUUAUCUUUCCUUUUCUUCCAUCCUUUCUUGUUUUCUUUCUCUUCCAUCCUUUCUUGUCUUUCCUUUUCUUCCAUCCUUUCACGUUUUUCCUUUUCUUUCAUCCUUUCUUGUCUUUCCUUUUCUUCCAUCUUUUUUAUCUUUCCUUUUCUUCCAUCCUUUCCUGUCUUUCCUUUUCUUCCAUCCUUUCCUGUCUUUCCUUUUCUUCCAUCUUUUUUAUCUUUCCUUUUCUUCCAUCCUUUCCUGUCUUUCCUUUUCUUCCAUCCUUUCACGUUUUUCCUUUUCUUUCAUCCUUUCUUGUCUUUCCUUUUCUUCCAUCUUUUUUAUCUUUCCUUUUCUUCCAUCCUUUCCUGUCUUUCCUUUUCUUCCAUCCUUUCUUGUCUUUCCUUUUCUUCCAUCCUUUCUCGUCUUUCCUUUUCUUCCAUCCUUUCUUGUUUUCUUUCUCUUCCAUCUUUUCUUAUCUCUCCUUCUCUUUCAUCCUUUCCUGUCUUUCCUUUUCUUCCAUCCUUUCCUGUCUUUCCUUUUCUUCCAUCCUUUCUCGUCUUUCCUUUUCUUGCAUCCUUUCUUGUCUUUCCUUUUCUUCCAUCCUUUCUUGUCUUUCCUUUUCUUCCAUCCUUUCUUAUAUUUGCUUUUCUUCCAUCCUUUCGUAUCUUUCCUUUUCUUCCAUCCUUUCUUGUUUUCUUUCUCUUCCAUCCUUUUUUGUCUUUCCUUUUCUUCCAUCCUUUCACGUUUUUCCUUUUCUUUCAUCCUUUCUUGUCUUUCCUUUCCUUCCAUCUUUUUUAUCUUUCCUUUUCUUCCAUCCUUUCCUGUCGUUCCUUUUCUUCCAUCCUUCUUGUCUUUCCUUUUCUUCCAUCCUUUCCUGUCUUUCCUUUUCUUCCAUCCUUUCUCGUCUUUCCUUUUCUUCCAUCCUUUCUUGUUUUCUUUCUCUUCCAUCCUUUCUUAUCUCUCCUUCUCUUUCAUCCUUUCUCGUCGUUCCUUUUCUUCCAUCCUUCUUGUCUUUCCUUUUCUUCCAUCCUUUCUUGCCUUUCCUUUCCUUCCAUCCUUUCUUAUCUUUCCUUUUCUUUCAUCCUUUCUUGUUUUCUUUUUCUUCCAUCCUUUCUUGUCUUUCUUUUUCUUCCGUCCUUUUUGUCUUUCCUCUUCUUCCAUCCUUUCACGUUUUUCGUUUUCUUUCAUCCUUUCUCAUCGUUCCUUUUCUUCCACCCUGUCUUGUCUUUCCUUUUCUUCCAUCCUUCAUAUCUUUCCUCUUCUUUCAUUCUUUCUUGUCUUUCCUUUUCUUCCAUCCUUUCUUGUCUCUCCUUUUCUUUCAUCCUUUCUUGUCUCUAAUUUUCCUCUCUCUCCAGCCUUUCUUGCAUUUCUAACUUUUUCAGUUCUAACUCGAAUUGCAGUUUCUCCAUUGCCACGUCGUAUGCCCUACAUGUCUCUGACAUUGUUUCCAACAAUGUUUCUUUGAAAGCCUUAACAUUUACUAAAUGUUUUACUAUGAUAAUCUGUAUCUGAUGCUUUCUCAUUGCUUUCUUAACCUCUAGCUCUAAGUGUUCCGCUAAUAAAAUAAGCUCAUCUUCCUUUAAAUCGUAAAACAAACGGGCUUUGACAUAAAUACUUCUGGAUUAAACUGUGACAUAUUGCUAUACAUUAUGAACACUCUUACAGAUAGUAACUUCUCCUCGAAAUGAUCUACAAUAAACUCCACUACAAAAAUUCGUUUCAUGACAGGCCCCGAAUUUCUGGUACGGUAUAAUCUUACCGACAGAAAAACACUUCCAUCCCACAAACUCAACUACUUUAUUUCACAACGAGUAAUGUUCUUAACAAGGGGCGACUCCUAAAAGUGGUACAAUACUUAUAGCUAAUAGACUUAAUUAAGCCUAACACAGUCUAUAUCCUAGCUCACCAUUGACACAAUCUCACCGCUGUCUCCAAAGUUCCUUGAAAUGAGCAAUCUUCCGCAGUAACUCUCUCUCGGUAUAGCUUUCAAAACAGUCGUCGCUCCGACAACAACAACCACUCUUACUACUACGUAAGUGAGUCUUUACAUAUAUUCACAAAGUGUUCGGGAACAUUCCAGAAGCUUACAUAAGAACCAUUUUAGUUGUAUUAUAUAAUAAAUGCGUGACUUGAUGAAAUGUUCUGGUAAGUUCUACAAAUCAGCAUAACUCAGCAGCCUGAAGAUUUCUAGAGGCAACAACAAUUACCCAUAACAUUGAUACGUUAUUGUAAUUCAGUAAAUGGUUUGAACCCGGGAGUAAUAUGUGAAUGGUUGUGGUCAGUCGUAUAUUCUAAAUCCGGCGCGUAGAGACUGAUUGGUCAGUUUUUCCGUGAUGUUAUUGGGUGUAAGACUCAAGUAGCGUAAGCGAUUGGUUGGUUCCGAUCCGUCGUGUCCAACGGAUCGAAACCGACCAAUCACGACCAUUCACUCGACUCGGAUGAUGACUUCCCCUCAGGUUGUCGAAACGUCAGCCGGACGGUCAGCUUAGACUAUCAAAUGUUAGAGACCUGCUACCCCGUUACUAUUAAAAUCAAAACAAAGUGCAGCCUGAUAAAAAAGUAUUUUUAAUUGCAUUUACAUAAAGCAAAUGAUGUUUGUUUGUUUGUUUGUUUGUUUUAAAAAAGAACAAUUUUUGUGAAUUUUCAUGUAAAGUGCAUGACCCCCAGAGUAAGUUUUUCUUAUUAUUUUUUAACUUUCCAGCUAUGAUCACUCAUCAAGCCAGCGACAAAGCGUAUGAAAACCAAUCCACUUAUGCUAGGGGCCACCUUCUUCCGAAAGAAACAUACUCCUUUACUGACAGUCACCUUGAUUCAACUUUCACGUACACAAAUGCUGUCCCACAGAAAACGAAAUUUAACAGCGGACUAUGGUUACAGUAUGAAAAGAAAAUAAGAAAUUAUGCCAGUCAGAAGUGUGGAAAAAAUGGGGGGGACUUGUUCCUGAUCACAGGAAUCUCGGAAGCUCACAUCAAGAAGAAUGAACAUGGAGCUUUGGACGCAGUUAAGAAGAACCUUAAAUUCAUGAAACCGUCUGGAGACAAGAUCGCUAUCCCGAAUUCUAUGUGGACAGCCGGAUGUUGCAUCGUUCCCUUCAAGGGUGCAGUGGGAGCCUUUGCUGUUAUAGGAAAUAACCUUUACAGUAAAACAGCAACCAACAUGUUUCAAGUGACAGUUCCACAGCUUGAAGGCUUUCUUCUUACUGGUGUCCAGGGCUUUGGUGGACCAGCAAUCACCUUGUUUCCAGAAAAUCCUAAUUGCCGAAAAGUUAAGAAAGGCUGAGAAUGAAAUUAUGAAAUGUAUUUCAUGAACAAUUAAAAUGAAUAAAAGGACGGUUUGGACAGGCUAUGUUGUCAUUAAUUCAUCAUUUCAUUUAUUCAUACCGUUAUUCGGUCACUAAUUCACCACUUGACUCAUCUUUUGUAAAAUGCUACAUUAAAUAUUAAUUCAUGCAUUAACACUCAUCGAAAUCAGUAGCCCUUGGGAGUUUUCGGAAGGCUCUCAAGAAGCUAGCUUACGCAACGUUCGUGCUCUCCAUACACCCUGUGUCUUCAUAUUUUUAUGAAGCGACGCCCACCUAUCUUUAUAUAUUAUUAAUACUAUUUUAAAUAUGCCAAUAAUGGUUGUAAUAUUUUGUAAUUAUUGUUAUGGCGAUAAUGAUAACCAUUGCGUGAUUGCUCCGGUAAUUAUAGAGAUUCGUGCUCCCUAAUUAGUCGAGGAUUGCUUCAUAUCGCGCUAUAAUCACCUUACGCGAGGUGAUAACAACAGGAGCGCCAAAUUCAAAAUGUCUGCCUCGCGUUUUGUCAGCGUUACCAAGGAAAUGAUUAAUGCGAUAGAGAAAAAUUAAUUCCGAAGAGCACAAAAGUACGAAUAAUCAAAACAAUUUAACAAAAUGGUUUCAACAUCAAAACGAAUAUAUUUACAACAGAAUUCUAAAGCUCCUAAGCAGUUGUACUGAAACAAGUAUUCAAUGAAGCUGAAUCGACUAAUUAUCUAUAAUUGUACAGAUGGUGCAUCUUCCCCUUGAAACUUGC